AUGGUUUUUCAACCAAAUGGACAAGCUCCAAUAUCUUCUACUGACAAGCCACUAACCCCUCAAGUACUAUCUAAUGGUGUUGAUGUUGCUGAAUUCACACAUCCAAGGCAAUUAAGGACAUAUGAAAUCCCACAAAUUGUCAAUGACUUUAGACUUGCUGCAAGGAAUGCAAUCCAAGCUGGCUUUGAUGGGGUUGAAAUUCAUGGAGCUAAUGGUUACCUUAUUGAUCAGUUUCUGAAAGACCAAGUGAAUGACCAAACAGACCAAUAUGGUGGAUCUCUAGAGAAUCGCUGCCAAUUUGCUCUGGAAAUCAUUGAAGCUGUUAAUGAAAUAGGAGCAGAUAAAGUUGGAAUUAGAUUAUCUCCAUUCACGGACUAUAUGGAAGCAGGGGAUUCAAACCCUGAAGCAGUAGGCCUUUAUAUGGUUCAAUCCUUGAACAGAUAUGGGAUUCUGUACUGCCAUGUGAUUGAGCCAAGAAUGAAGGAAGCUGAAGCUGGAGUAAAAAGUGAAAAUGCUGAAGUCUUUAACCCAUGAGAGAAGCUGUUCAUGGCUAAGGUGGUUUUGAUAGGGAAGAUGGGAACAAUGCAGUGGCUGAGGGUCGUGCAGAUCUUAUUGCUUACGGCCGUUGGUUCUUGUCUAAUCCAGAUUUGCCAAAGAGAUUUGAGUUCGAUGCUCCUCUAAACAAGUGUGACAAAAGUAUUUUCUGUACUUCUGAUCCAGUUGUUGGUUACACUGAUUAUCCAUUUCUUGAGACCACUGCUCAACUUUCCAGCAGCCUUUGGUCCAAUGUAAAUUAUAUGUGUAUAAUCUGCUCCAAUGUAAAUUUAUAAUCACUUUUGUUAGGUGGUAUGCAUAAAUGUGAAUACUUAGAGAGGCAAAUAGUGAAGGAAAGUUUCAGGCAGAGGUUGGCAAACCAGUGAUAGUCAGUCUCCAUUUUAUAGUAUGCCUGGGUUGAAGUUCUAAACUGGAAUGUACCAAGUGUGCAUGUUGUGCCUUGCUAAAAUGUGAACUGAUAUGCGAUUAUCUUAUGUAUCAAUUGAUACAAUUUUGAACAGUUAUAUGAAGACAGCUUUUUAUUCACAUUUAUUUAUAAUCAAAUAUAGAUACAUUAAAGAAGCUCA